UCUCGAGCAGCUAGGCUCUCACGUCAAAGACCAUUAGGCAUCUAAGCAAACAUUGCAGCACAAUGUCUGUCUAAGUGUUUCCAAGCCGUGGACCAAAUGGCCGAAGCAAAAUCUACCCGUCACGUGCAACCAUCACAACCACCGCGACGGCCAUGACGGAAACGCCAACCCAACUGACCGAGCUGCCCAUCGAGCCUCGGGGUCUCUUCUGGCAAGAUGACUUCGUGUCGGCGGAGCACGAGCAGCGUCUAAUCGCCCUCUUCAAGGGGCUGGAAUGGGCCGACCGCCCAGGCCGUCUAUCUCUCCACUACGGCUACACCUUCGACUACAAGACCUUCGACAUCGACCCGGAGAUUCCCUACAAGGAAUUCCCGGACUGGCUGCGCCCGCUCAUUCCGCCGACGGAAUCCCGCCCGCCCGACCAGGUCUGUCUGCAGUUUUACCCGCCCGGCGCGGGCAUCCCGCCGCAUGUAGACGCCCACGGGCCCUACGACCAGCUGUAUGCGCUGUCGCUGGGGGCCCCUGCGCUCAUGCAGUUCCGGCGCGGCGAUCGCAGAGUCGAGGUUGAUUUGACGCCGCGGAGUAUGAUGCAGGUGGCGGGCGACUCCCGGCUGCAUUGGACGCAUGGGAUUAAGAAGCGCAAGACGGACACGCUGUCUGAUGGGACUGUUCGGCUGAGAGAGAACCGCUGGAGUAUUACGUAUCGGUGGUUGAGGGAUGGGGACUGCGAGUGUGGGGAUCUGGAGCUGUGUGAUGUUGCGCAGCGGCGGAAUGGCGCGGAGAAGGAGAAGAGGUCGGUGAAGGCGUUGGCUGAGAAUGAUGCUCAAGCUGCUGCAUAGUGUUUAGACUAUGGCUUGCAGGGGUAGCGAUUGACUUAUCAAGAAGCUCGUCUCAUCUACGAAUGACUGCUUGUUCCUGUAUGGACUUGACUUGUGUAUGUAUGUAUUAGAGCUGUAAAUAUUGACAUACGACGGAAAGGAUCGAGACAUUUCAAAGAAAGAAGUA